UGCCAAGAGAAAUUCAAGAGGUGAAGAGUCGAACUGCAGCGCGGUCACUGGGGGAGGCGGAGCGAGUAUAAGAACUCGACACUCCCAUCCGCAACACACUCUUCAUCCAACAAGAUGGCCACCGAGUAUCUCGACGAAAAGCUUCCGGCGCCCGUCACGGCGCGCCCAGAGCCACCCAAGCGUACUGUUGCUUCCCGCAUCCUCGGUGUCGUUCGUUUCUUUGUCAUCUUUUACGCCGCCUUUUUCAUCUCGGAUGCAGUGUUCCCAGAGACAGGCGACCAAGCUACUGCUGCUGUUCGAAAGGGUUGUCAUGGCAUGCGCCACAAGGCACAUGGCAUGUACAAGGGUUUCGGCGACGACGACCACCACCACCGUGGCGGUAAGCACCAUGGCCCUGAUACGAGCAAGUGGAUUCCUGUCUCUGCAGAGACGCACUUUGAGUUGUCACCUGAAGAUGCCAAGGGUUUGACCAUCAAGGGCGCACAUGUCUUUGGUGGUAUCGUCUUUGAGACUUCCAAAUUGUCUGAUAAAGUGGUCCUCGACCUCGAUGUCAAGACUAACGUUGAGCAAAACGGCGAGGAAGUGACCAUCAACUAUAUCGAUGGCAAGAUUGAAAUCGACACGCCCAUGACUGGUGAUCUCAAGACUCACGCAUCGGCAAAGAUUCAAAUUCCUUCCAACUUGCUCGGUACGUUUGGUUUGCCUGCCUUUGAUGUGGAAGCACCACGUCACAUGGUCGACUUGUCAAACCUCCCUGAGUCGCUUGAGAUUGGUGAGCUGACAAUUCGUCUUGCCAUGGGCUUCGUUAAGGCUGGCAAAGUCCACACCAACACCACACAAAUCACCGUUGCAAAGGGCGCUAUCCGUGGUGACCUCAAGCUCGGUCGUGAAUCAACAUCGAUCGAUGUCAGCAGCGGCAACGUCACCGUCAAUGUUGAUGGUAUCUCUGCAGGUGAGACCGGUACCCUGAAUAUCAAGCUCGCCAAGGGCGAUUUGAAGGGUUCCUUCCCAGUUUUCAAGUCCACCACUCUCGACAUUGCCAAGGGUGAUCUUGACGCCACCUUGUACGUCAAGAAGGCUGUUUUGGGUGAAGAUGAGGAUGUAGAAAUCUCUACCAAGGUUGCAUCGGGUGAUGCGCGUGUCACAAUUAAGUCUAUUGAUGACGGUGCUGCGUCCAUCAAUGCUGCACACACCACUAUUUCAGGAUCUCAGGAACUCACCUACCCUGCUAGCUUUGAAGGCACCAUCGAGGCGCGUGGUCUUGUCGGCGACAUCAAGCUGGCUGGCGAGGGUCUCGUUGUUGAGCGUGCUUGGUUCGGCAGUGUGGGCAAGAAGGGCGAUGCUGAAAAGAACAUGGUCAAAGUCAAGACUGCAAAGGGCGACAUUGACGUGCUUGUCGGUAAGGAAUAAGUCUUUUUGAGAUGUCUAGUAUGCUAUAUAUAUGAGAAAUUGUUUCGUUACUGAGCUUGCAUGGCGCUAAACAAGGCUUUGUGCAUUGCCUUCGUAUCGGCCUCUUCUCGUGCUGUGCUUGCUCUGCUUGCGUCAGGUUC